AUGUAUCUUAAUGCACCAGAAUUUUUAGAAGGUCUUGAUGAAUUUAUUGAAAAUUCAGAUAUUAAUUUGGAAGAGGAAGCCAAUAAUGAUAAAAUAAAUCAAGAGGAAAUUGAUGAGGAUUGGGAUCCUAAAUUAGCAGUUGAAGCUUAUUUGUAA